CGCCAAACUUGUCAACCACUACCACCACCACCAACUUCAACUUCAACUUCUGCAGUCACCAGAAUGUCGCAGGAGAAUCGUAAUGUGUCCAUCUCAUCGUUGUUGGACUCAUCGGCAGACGACUCCAGUGUAGUGGUUAGAUCACGCACCAAUUCUGUGUCUCGAACCGCCGGUGGUGCUGUCCCCUUACGUAACUUAGUUUCUCAAUUUCAGACACCCAUCUUUCGUCAGGCCAAUGCAGAAUCACCGAUUGUGAUAGACGACGAUGACGACGAGUCCGUUGCUGUUUCUGCUGUUCCUGCUGCUCCCACUUCUACUGUGUCGACAACUACUGUUCCUGUUGCUACUGAAAAGAAGGGUAGAGCUAAAAAACCUGUACUUAUACGACCCUCCCCAUCUCUCCCUGUGCUUGUACCUAAACCAACGGUAUCUCCAAGUCCACAAGCUCCUUCAUCUAAGGGAAUAGUGGUCAGUGAACAGAUCAGAAAGUUUCAGACUAAUUUCCAGUUGGCAGUAUCACCGACUCCAACACCUAUUCCAAUACAGGCUAGUCCUAAUUUGAGUAAGACAUCAAUUAAUUCUAUCAUUAAUAUAGACGAUGAACCAGAAGUAAUUAACAUAGAGUCCAAUAAAACUCCUACUCCAGCUCCUACGCCAGCAGCUCCUACUACAGCACCUAAAAGAAAGCGAGCUGCACCUAAGAAGAAAGAUGGAGAAACUACAAAGAGGCGGAAACCAGAAACUCCAGAAACUUCCACUAAAAAUGGGAAGAAGAAGACUCCAGAGCCAGUUAAGGAAGCUGCCAAGUUGGUUGUACAUUCAGGAAUGACUACCGAAAACAUCAAGACGGCGAAAGCCGAGCUUCCACCGGCCGAAGUCGUAGUAGUGACCAAGUCAGAAGAUAGCAGUAAAGAUAAGGAGAAGGAGAAGGAGAAGGAGAAGGAGAAGGAGAAGGAGAAGGAGAAGGAGAAGGAGAAGGAGAAGGAGAAGGAAAAUGAGAAAGAGAAAGAAAAGGAAAAAGAAAAGGAAAAAGAAAAAGAAAAAGAAAAGGAGAAGCCUGAACCUCCAAUAAUUGCCUUGAAUAUUCCACUUCUUGAUCCUAAGAAUCCUAAACCGGGUCAGGCCGAAGUAGUUCUCAAUGUUCUUGCGUUGGCUGAAGAGAAGUACGGAUUUAAAGUGCUUCAUCCCAAUGCCAAAUCUGUCAUUGACAAUAUGGAAGAGAUCUUAGUGGAUGAUGAUGAUGGAGAAGAUGAUGAUGAAGAAGAUGAUGAUGAAGAGAAGGAAAGAGAACGAGAAGCGGCUGCUCGAAAGCGGAAGGAAGAAGAAGAAUUAACAGAAGAACAACGAGUUCGACGUCAUGAGGCUAGAAUGGCCAGGAAAGUAGGUAAGUACGAUUAUGAGGAUCCCUUCAUUGACGAUCAAGAACUUCAAAUGGAAGAUGAAAUCGCCACUACCAAAGAAGGGUUCUUUGUUUACUGGGGUCCCUUAGUCGAUGAUCGAAGUAUUGGCAGUGCUAAGAAGACAACCAAAAAAAAGUAGUAAUAUAAUAAUAUCAUAUAGUAUAGUAUAUCGCUAUGUAGACUAACUAGGCAAUUCUAUCGAGUGUAAUUUCCA